GCAGAGGAGAGCCACACUGGCUCCACAAAUCUGUCCAGCAGCUGCCUGGGGAUGACAGGACAGCUCUCCGAGACUGUAAACUAGAGCUUUAACCGGCUGACAUGGUCAGUAAGUGAAUAACUAUGAAAAGCGGAAUGCUAGCGGAGUGUUGGGUUAGUUGAAGUUGGACUUCAUUCAGUCUGGAGUUGGUUCGAGCACUUGAAGCUAACUCUGUUAGCAAAUCGCCGCGAGCGAGCUAACGUUAAAUCAGAAUCUGCCUUUAAGUUAACCCAGCGCGCUCAAACUUAACCCGUUUGGUGCUUUUAUGGUUUGUGUCGCGGAGAUAUAUGUUUCUUGUGUCGUUUUAAAGCGUGUAGCUGUGAAGUUCUAACAUCUGGGGCGUCGAUGCAGUUUGUUUGGAGCACAGAUGCGGGAGCGGAGCAGAUCUGACUCGGGCUGUCAACGUUAGCUGUCCCGGCUAGCCACCUAGCUCCCCGCUAGCCAUGGCCAAAAUAGAGAACGGCCGUCAAUCGGCGGACACAAGAAGCAUCAGGACCAUCAGCAGCAGCCGAAUGGACGACGAAAGCUCCCUGGGAUCCGACUCGGAGAUCAAUGGCUUCACCAGCGACCGACAGACCGAUAAAUACGGAUUUAUUGGCGGGGCGCAGCAGUACUCGGAGGACUCGGCUCAGGACGUUCCUCCAGAGGUGCUCAGGCAAAGGGAGGUGAAAUGGCUGGACAUGCUCAGCCACUGGGACAAGUGGAUGAUCAAGAGAUUCAACAAGGUGAGGCUGCGGUGCCAGAAAGGAAUCCCUCCCGCCCUGCGAGGCCGUGCAUGGCUCUACCUGUCAGGGGGGAAGGUGAAGAGAGAGCAGAACCAAGGGAAGUUUCAGGAGCUGGACAGUCAGCCUGGAGACCCAAAAUGGGUGGAUGUGAUCGAGAAAGACCUCCAUCGACAGUUUCCAUUUCAUGAGAUGUUUGUCUCUCGAGGAGGACACGGGCAGCAGGACCUGUUUCGUGUUCUCAAAGCGUACACGCUCUACAGACCGGAGGAGGGAUACUGCCAGGCUCAGGCUCCCAUCGCUGCUGUGUUGCUCAUGCACAUGCCUGCUGAGGAUGCCUUCUGGGGGCUGGUCCAAAUCUGUGAGAAGUAUCUGCCCGGCUACUACAGUCCUGGCCUGGAAGCAAUACAGCUCGACGGAGAGAUCCUGUUUGCUCUGCUGCGACGUGCUUCCCCGCUGGCCUUCCGGCAUCUGGAGAAACAUAAGAUCGACCCCAUCCUCUACAUGACGGAGUGGUUCAUGUGUGCCUUCUCCCGAACCCUGCCCUGGGCAUCCGUGCUGCGCGUCUGGGACAUGUUCCUCUGUGAUGGGGUGAAAAUAAUCUUCCGUGUCGGUUUGGUGCUGCUUAAGUGUAUGUUGGGAACCCGUGAGAAGCUGAAGACCUGCCAGGGCCAGUAUGAGACUAUGGAGCUCCUCCGAGCCGUGGAGCCCCGCUACAUGCAGGAGGGCUUUCUAGUUCGAGAGAUCCUCGAGGUGCCGGUGACGGCGCGAGACGUGGAAAGGGAGCAUCACUCGCAGCUGAAGCGCUGGAGAAAGAACCGCGGAGAGCUGAACUUCAAGCCGCCACCCAGGAUGCACGGCGCCCGGCUGAUCAUGCUGGCGGAGCCGCCGCGGCGCCAGGACCUGCAGCAGAACCCCACCAUCGUGCUGGAGGGGCCCCCGACCGCCGCGCAGCUCAAGAAGGGCAAGGAGGAGAAAAAGAGCAAGAAGAAGAGGAGCAUGAAGAAGCCCAAGCCCAUAGAGGAGAUCCCUAACCCCUACCCUCUGCUCAGUGACCCUCCGCCGGCGCCCUCUGACCCCCCUCCGCCCCCUCCGGACGUCGGCGUGACGCCGGAGCCCGUGCCACAGACAGACUCGCCUCAGCAGCAGGACGCCCCCGCUGCAGAAAGCCCCCCGGCCGAUGAGUCCACCCUGCAGCGAUCCACACAAAGCCUUAGCAGCACAGAGCAGGACACGUACCUGUAACUCUGCAACCAUUAAUGUGUGUGUGAGAGAGAGAGUGUGUGUAUGGAAGUUGACAAAGCACCAGCACGAUACCAGUCAACAAAAAGCCAGCCGUGCCAAAGUUUCCCACUGGCUGCGUUACUAUUAACGGACUACUUUGUACUCGUGUAUUCAGUUUUAGACACAGUUUUGCCUUCGAUAUCUUCAGCACACACUAAAGCAGACUUGCUGAGUGUAAAAAUACUUUAACGCUUUGUGCCAUCGCUCACCGUGACGCGGACGCCGCCUCUUCCCGCGACGCCUGCCGCGUCCGUCCAGACCUGGAGUCUUACUGUCGUCUCUGAAGUGAGGAGCACAGUGUUUGGUUACGGUAAGGCGGCGCCAACGUCUUUAACAUUUCUGUUCGGUUUCCAGUUCAGUUCAACACUAUCAACCGGUCCGACUGUGCAGCUGAGGAUGCAGACUGAAAAACACACGGCGCGUCUCAGCUUCUCGGGUUCAUUCCAGAGUUUGUCCACUAGAGGGCGGCCUUCCAGAGGUUUCUGCUUUUCAUUCCUGUUAAGUGUUUCAUCGAAGCACAGAUGAGAUUCACUGAGUUUUGGGAGGUAAUCUUCGAUUGAAGACAAUACUACACUGACCUCGUAAAAAGUCCUGAAAGUUAUUUAUUUAAUGAACACUUCAGAUGGGUUGUUACAUAAAGGAUCACUUCAUUCAGAGCGAGUCUGUGCUCUUCAGCUCCUCACUGUGCCAGACACCUCCAGCCUCUGCAGAGCGGCAGGACCCCCCCUGAUAGCCGGGUCAGCGGGGAGGACGGCGCUGGACAUUCCUCACUGUAUCGCACAUUCCUGCCUUGGUUGCAGCUAAUCCAUUAAACGGCGCUCUCUUGCCAAAUGCAGAUCUUGCAUAUUGUACAUGCUCGUGCAUGUUUCUGCUGUCGCACUCGGGUAGGCGAGUGAUUGCAAAUCAUCUAAUGGUGCUGACAGUUUUCCUCUUGGCACUAUUUGGUGUCCGCCUGGAGCCAAUGAGACAUCUGGUCAAACUUUUUUAUUUUUUUUUUUCCAAGUGUAUUUUGCUAGAAAUUCCAAAGCAAACUAAGACUGCGACUUGUGAUGUACACUUGUGCUCUCUCUCAGGAGAUCAUGGGAUUUCAAGUGUUUCUGGGAUAAUCGUAGCAUCUCGUUCCUCUUUUAACAACCUGCCUUAUAUGUUUGGGAAACAUUAAGACCUGCAGCAAUUUCACAACACGUGACAAUCUUUUUGUUUCUCUGUGACCGUUACAGUUUCUUCUUCAAUUCGUCGGAAUGGUAAAGGGAGUUUUAACAUGAGCACACACUUGUAAAAUGUGUUUAAUAUAUUUAAAGUCUGUUGAAAGAAAAAAAAAAUAGCCUUGCUUGGUCAACUUCAGAAGUACUUUGGGCCUUUAAAAGA